UUAGACAGUAAAAACGCUGACGCACCGCCAAGCUUAAUCAGAAACGCUUCAAACUCUCUCAUUUCAGUCAGUGAUAGAUAAAAACAGCAGAAAGUGAUCCGAUUAUUCAGGUCGAGCUGCUGGAACCAUGACGAGUUCGUGUUCACAGUUUGAGGAACAGACUGGAGGAUUUUCCUUUGAGAACGCCCGCAGAAAUGCGGUGUUGGAGGCUGAUCUGACGGAGAAGGGUUACAGCGCCCCCAAAGCCCGCAAGACGGGGACCACCAUCGCUGGGAUCAUGUUUAAGGAUGGAGUGAUACUUGGUGCUGACACUCGGGCGACAGACGACAUGGUGGUGGCUGACAAAAACUGCAUGAAGAUCCACUACAUCGCCCCCAACAUAUACUGUUGCGGGGCUGGCGUGGCAGCGGACGCUGAGAUCACCACGCAAAUGAUGUCGUCAAACAUAGAGCUUCAUUCUCUCAGUACAGGACGUCCACCUCUCGUCAUCACUGUGACUCGCCAGCUCAAACAGAUGCUCUUCAGGUAUCAGGGACACAUUGGUUCAUCUCUAAUUGUAGGAGGAGUUGAUGAUAACGGCUCUCAGCUGUACAGUAUCUACCCUCACGGAUCCUACGAUAAACUGCCCUUCGUCUCCAUGGGUUCUGGAGCAGCUGCAGCUAUUUCGGUGUUUGAGGAUCGGUACAAGGCCAACAUGGAGCUGAAGGAAGGGAAGCAGUUGGUACGUGAUGCCAUUGCUGCUGGUAUUUUCUGUGAUCUGGGCUCUGGCAGUAACAUAGACCUGUGUGUCAUCACUGCUAAAGGAGUGGAUUACCUUCGUACCUACGACCAGCCCGGACAGAAAGGAGUCAAGGAAGGAACUUACAGAUACAAACAAGGCACGACACCGGUGCUGACGAAAACCAUCACCCCACUGAUCCUGGACGUCGUGGAGGAAUCGGUUCAGAUGAUGGACAGCCAGUGAACCUUCAGCCAAUAUUUUACUUUUGUUUUGUGUUAAAUUUUUUAGAAAACUAAUGGAUAAUGAAUUGUAGUCUCUGUAAUAAAUCAUGACAUGAACCAUG